AUGGCAAAAGAAGUGGCUCAUAAACUAAAAGAAUCUAAAUCGAUUGACAAGUUCAUCUUUCUUGUUGUCUCCCAGCCUCCUGAUUUUAAAAAGAUCCGUGAAGACCUUGCAAAAGGCUUAGGUUUGAUAGAUUUAAUAAAGGAAGUGAACGAAGAAGACCUCUUAAAUAGGAUAUGUUCCAAAAUCACUAAUAUGGGCGAAAAGCUGCUGAUAAUACUAGAUGAUGUAUGGAAAAAGUUUGAUUUGACUGGAAACUUGGGGAUUCCAUCUGAACAUCACUACAAGGGCUAUAAGUUAUUGAUAACCACCCGUAAUUUGGAAGUUUGUACAGAAAUGGGAUGCCAACAGAUUAAACUACAGAUGUUGACCGAUGAAGAGGCAUUGAAUCUUUUUGAAACACAUGCUACUCAUAAUAGUUCCUCUCGUGGUUUGAAGGGGAUGCCACAAAAAAUUGUGAAGCAUUGUGGUGGGUUACCAAUUGCAAUUUUAGCAAUAGCAAAAGCAUUGAAAAAUCAGCCCAGAUCAUUCUGGAAGUAUGCUUUGAAGACCUUGGAAGACCAUGGUGUUGAUCAAAAUUUGGAAGAGGCUUAUAAAUGCCUGAAGUUAAGCUAUGAUAACUUGAAAAAUCAAAAGGCCAGAAAGCUCUUUUUGAUAUCUUCUUUGUUCCCCGAGGAUUUUGAAAUUCCUAUAAAGGUUUUAAUCAAAAUCGGUAUAGGAUUAGGCUCUGUUAAUGAAAUUGACAACUACCAUUUAACGACAAUAGAAGUGCAUGGAGCUAUAAUGGAACUCAUAUCUUCUUCUUUAUUAUUGAAUGGUAAGGAAGGAUGUGUAAGGAUGCAUGAUUUGGUUCGCGAAGUAGCCUUAUGGAUAGGAGAAAAUGAUAUUCAGUUUCUUGUGGAAACACCUAUAAGAAGAAACUUGAGAUAUCUAUCUUGGAGGAUUGAUUAUUUUCCUGAUGAAUUUGAUGGAAAUAAAUUGGAGGUUCUGUUACUAUUUCUAGAUGAGUUAGAGGAUUUGAAUGUCUUGGAUACAGUCUUUAAAGGGAUGACGAGCCUCAAAGUUUUGCUUUUAAUUAAUGUCGCCAGAGUUCCAGCUCUAUCAUUGAUGAAUUCGCUUGAACCAUUGAAGGAUAUUCGAACGCUUAUCCUGCAAAGUUUGAAGUUAGGUGACAUCCGUGCCUUAGGAAACUUGUUGAGUCUCAAUACUCUUCAGUUUUUGAAUUGUUCAAUCAUUGAGUUACCAAGAGAAUUUUUGAAACUAAAGAAGUUGGGAUCGUUAGAGGUUGAAAGAUGUAAAAUCGAGAAGAACAAUCCUUUUAAAGUGAUUGAAAGAUGUACCCAGUUAGAAGAGUUAACUUUUGUUGCUAAUAGGUGUGACAAUGAAGAAAACAAUGCAAUUUCUGAAAAUGGAUCUCCUCUUACAUUACACAGAUAUUGUAUAUCUUCUGAGGACCUUUCAAAGGCAACAUUUAAGCAACUUGUCAAAGGAGCUGAACUUCUUAUCUUGGAAGGAAAGGAUGCGCCAAGAAUAUGGAAAAAUUCUAUCCUUGAUGAUAUUGUUGCAACAGAUGAUCGAGGCAUGAUGAAUGAUUUGAUUGUUCUUCAUUUGAGUUCAUGUCCUUAUGUGGAGUUCCCCAUAGAUACUAAAGAUCAUGAUUCUGGUGUGGCUGGUUUUUGUAAUUUGUUUGGAUUACAUCUCUCUAAUGUAGAAGUUGAAGAUUUAUGUCAUGGUCCUCUACCGUCUGGCGUUUGGGAGCAAUUAGGGAUUAUGAAGUUGAAUCAGUGCCAUAGACUGAAGAGCAUAUUAUCUAAUGGCAACUACAACUUAUGUCAUCUUAAGUCCAUGAAACUGGAACAUUGUCCAAUGUUAGCGUCAGUUUUCCAACCAUCCACUGCACGAAGUCUGAUGAGGCUGGAAAAAUUAACAAUUAGCAACUGUAGUGCAUUGGAAUGCAUUAUGGUGAGUGAAGACAGUGAUAGUAACCUAAAGAGUUACCAUGACUCAUUGUUCCCAAAAUUGAAAAAACUUCGAAUUGGAUGGUGCAGCAAGUUAAGAAGAAUAUUGCCAAUCCUAUUCGCUGGAGGUCUUGCAUCUUUGGAAAUGUUGAGUAUAUAUCAAUGUGAGCAGCUGGAAUACAUGUUUGAUAAGUUUGAAGAGGGCGAAGAUGCUAUGCUCCCCUCACUGGAAGAGCUGGAACUUUCUGGAGUACCAAGUUUCAUUGGAAUGUGCAAAGAACAUGACCAACUCGUGAGUUCAUCAAUGCAGAAGCCAUCAUCUCCACAUUCAAGACAUAAUUGUUCCAGCAACAUGAAUCAAAGUCCUGCCAGACGUGCUUUCUCCUGGGUUCAAGCAUGUUGUUCUCUCAAUAAAUUGAGACCCGCCAGUGAAGAUACCAAAAUUACUGUUCCUGAACAAAGACCGCAUGACCACACAGUCCCACAGGAAUUAGAUUCAUCCACAUGUGGAGUUUUUCUUUGCCACGCGGUUCAAAGCCUUUUGGUGCAAUCAUUGAAGAAUGUAAGGGAAAUAAUACUAUGGGAAUGUGGGAACAUAUUAUCACUGUCAACUUUAUCCAUUGCGGCCUCAACAAUUUCGUUGGAAAGUUUGUCAAUCAGGCGAUGUCAUAAACUGAAGUGCAUCACAACACACGAGGGAUAUGCUCAAGUUGAUAAUAAGAAUUAUUGUUCCAUUUUUCCAACACUAGAGAAUCUGGAAAUUGAGUAUUGCAAGGAGUUGGAAUUUUUAUUUCAAUCAGCAAUAUCUGGUGGUCUUCAAAAAUUGAAGUCUUUGAAAAUCUGGGGAUGUCCUAAACUGAAGUGCAUCACAACACAUGAGGGAGAUGCUCAAGUUGAUAAUAAGAAUUAUUGUUCCAUUUUCCCAACACUAGAGAAUCUGGAAAUUUGGAAUUGCGAGGAGUUGGAAUUUGUAUUUCAAUCAGCAAUAUCUGGUGGUCUUCAAAAAUUGAAGUCUUUGAAAAUCUGCGGAUGUCAUAAACUGAAGUGCAUCACAACACAUGAGGGAGAUGCUCAAGUUGAUAAUAAGAAUUAUUGUUCCAUUUUCCCAACACUAGAGAAGCUGGAAAUCAAGUUUUGCAGGGAGUUGGAAUUUGUAUUUCGAUCAUCAAUAUCUGGUGGUCUUCAAAAAUUGAAGUCCUUGACAAUUAGGAAAGUUCCUGAACUAAAAUAUGUUGUUGGGAAGCACCAGCAAGAUCAGCAAAAUGAAGAGCUGCAUUUCGACCUCCCUGCUUUGGCGACCCUUUACAUUGAAGAUGCGCCAAAGAUCAAAAGCAUUUGUGCUAAGAAUUAUAAGAUGGAUCUGGCAUCUCUUCAGAAUGUUGAGCUGUGCAAUUGUAGCAUUAAAUCUUUCGAUGAUUAUGACAUGGUGAAUUUGCCGACUUCAGAGGAAUUAGAUGCAUCCACAGAAGGAGUUCCUCCUUUCCUUGUAUCUCAAAGCCUUUUGGUGCAAUCAUUGAGGAAUGUAAGGAAAAUAAUACUACGGAAAUGUGGGAACAUAUUAUCACUGUCAACUUUAUCCAUUGCGGCCUCAACAAUUUCGUUGGAAAGUUUGUCAAUCAGGGAAUGUCAUAAACUGAAGUGCAUCACAACACAUGAGGGAUAUGCUCAAGUUGAUAAUAAGAAUUAUUGUUCCAUUUUCCCAACACUAGAGAAUCUGGAAAUUUGGAAUUGCGAGGAGUUGAAAUUUUUAUUUCAAUCAGCAAUAUCUGGUGGUCUUCAAAAAUUGAAGUCUUUGAAAAUCUGCGGAUGUCAUAAACUGAAGUGCAUCACAACACAUGAGGGAGAUGCUCAAGUUGAUAAUAAGAAUUAUUGUUCCAUUUUCCCAACACUAGAGAAGCUGGAAAUCAAGUUUUGCAGGGAGUUGGAAUUUGUAUUUCGAUCAUCAAUAUCUGGUGGUCUUCAAAAAUUGAAGUCCUUGACAAUUAGGAAAGUUCCUGAACUAAAAUAUGUUGUUGGGAAGUACCAGCAAGAUCAGCAAAAGGAAGAGCUGCAUUUCGACCUCCCUGCUUUGGCGACCCUUUACAUUGAAGAUGCGCCAAAGAUCAAAAGCAUUUGUGCUAAGAAUUAUAAGAUGGAUCUGGCAUCUCUUCAGAAUGUUGAGCUGUGCAAUUGUAGCAUUAAAUCUUUCGAUGAUUAUGACAUGGUGAAUUUGCCGACUUCAGAGGUAUACUCUCUUUAA